UGAACGAAGUAUGUCUGCCACUGUCAUAAUAAGGUUAUGAUAAUGUCAAGAUGAAUCAAUCUACUGUGUAUCCAUUAAAUCCUUCAAUUGUGCAUUUGAAAAAAAAGAAGCAAAUUGAUUCUCUACGUGUUUUCAUAGAAGAUGUUCAAGAAAUUCAUCCAGGAGAAUAUCACGUACUAUUCCAUUCGGGAAACCGGGAGCUGACAAUUAAAAUUCAACUCCCGCCAGACUUCCCAACUCAGAAGCCUUUGAUUUGGAUUAGUCCUGCAAUCCAGCACAACUGGGUUACAGACAAUGGUCGAAUAAUGUCUCCAGGGUUGGUGAAUUAUUCGGAACAUUCAGAUUUGGGUCAAAUUGUGAAUGCAAUAAUCAGAGAAUUGAAAAAGUUACCAGAAAUAAAGACUUUUCCAAAUGGUCAAAAUGGAGUAAGUAGUAACAGAGAAACAUUCCUAUCAGCUAGUCAAUUUAGUCAGCAGCAGUAUUUCCCUAUUCCUCCCUUCAUUCCUGAAUUGGAGAGUCUUUCAAGAAAUCAGAUAAAAAAUCUAAGUGAAAAUGAAGAUGUUUUGCAUCAGUUUGUUGAGGAACUUCCUCAAGCAGAAGCAGCAUCGAAAGAUGUACAAAACCACAUGGAUAAUGUUGAAAAGAUAGCAAGGUCUGUCAGUGAUUUGAAAGAAACAUGGAAUGUUAAACGACAGAAAAUACUGGAACAUUAUGAGAUGCUUAAUAAGCUGAAACAAGAUUGGGAUUCUUUAAACACUCAGCAUCACAACUUAUCCCAACGCUACAUACCUAACAAUAUUGAAGCUAGCCUAAAGCAAGCUGCAUCACUGGCAGAUGAAAAAAGCGAAGAAAUCGCAGAAGUGUUUCUUUCUGGUCAAAUGGAUGUUGAUGCAUUUUUGAGCUCAUACACAGCAUCUAGGACGGAAAGCCAUAUUCGCAAAACAAAGGAAGAAAUUCUACAUAAACAGCUCCAAGAGCUUCAAAGAUUGGGAUACUAAAAUGUAUGGAAUUCAUGACAUGCCUUCUCUUUAUGAUAUAUGUAAAUCUUCAGAUUGUGCUCUAAUUUUCUUAAAUAAAGAUAAUCUUAAUACCUGAAAGUAGAUUCUUUUUAUAGGUCUGAUGUCGACUGUUCAGGAGCAGUGACUCAUUUUUUCGAGAGCAAAAUUAAAAAAAAAAAACUGUAUACAUCAAUUUCAAAAUACAUGUUUUUUAAAUCA